AUGGGUGCUGCUAUGCCAGCGGAUCGUAAGGGGAAGCGCUGCACUCCUGCGCUUGCCCAUGAUCCCGUAGCACCACUCCAAGCCAUCGCGACCAGCCCUGCGAUAGAUGCAAGUCCCCGUCACGAGACCGCUUCUGUGUCCCAGUCAGCCUACACCGAUGCUUCUACAGCUAGUGCUCAGCACUUUGACUAUGCGCCUGUUGUUCUGCGAGUUGCUGUGCCCACACAAGCUGUCACUGACGCAAGUGUCGCUGCAACCAUGCAGUCUCAUCACGACUCCAACUCGUAUACUCCGCAGACCUCACAUGCAAUAGCCCCUUCGAAUGCUCCAGCUCCCACUACGAACGGGGCGUCUACCGCAAUCCUGUCCAUUCCGCUAUUUUCCGCAGCCGAACAAUCCACAGCGCGAGACGCAAAAGAAGUGCCUCUGAGGGCCUUCCAUGCCGGCAAGAAGUCCGGAGAACAACAAACGCCGAUCCAUACCAACCCGCCCACUAUAUACGAGGCGCCCACGACGAUCUUCGUCCCGACUAAGCAGAAAGUGGACGAUCCGAAGCGACCUCUUCAGCCUAUUUUGAAUUCGGCUAUCGCGGGGGCUUUCAGCCCACACCCUUUCAGGCACAAGUCGGCGCAGCGCAUCGUUGAUGAUGUUCUUUCUGGGGACGCGGAGAUUCUGAGGGAGUGCAAACGGGCUAUGGAGGGUGUUCUUCGAUCUACGCCACAUUUGCACUCCAACGCUACGUUUGUGCUCCUGUUGAUGUUCUAUACACCAGGAGAAAUGGGACGUGAGGAGCGCAAGUUGGGAAGUGUAGUAGAAAAUAAAGCGGUGGCUAGACGGCUCACCGCAUCCAUAGAGCGGAUCAAUAUGUCAAAGGCCAAAUAUGUUCUUAAUCGAGAGAAGGCGCUUGUCAGGCUCACAGCAACUCCGGUUAGGGAGUUUGUCAACAGCUUGGGUCCACUGCCAACAGCUGCUGUGGAGGAUGAGUCUGAGGAGUAUUAUUCCGAGGAGGAUGAACCUGGGGAGGAUGAGAUUGAGGAGAAUGGGUUUGUGGAGGAUGCGGAUAACGAUGAACUCGCGAUGAUGCUUCAGGAGCAGCUCGAGCAGAGCUCUAUGCCUUGGGAGGGUGAUGAUGAAGAUAGACUCACGGGUAUGCCCAUGGGGCAGCUCGGGGAGGAUUCUAACGCCAGACAGCUGGAAAACUCCAGGAAUGAUGACCUUGAAAACCUGUCAAUGCAGGCCAUCUGCUCCACCCCCUCAUUUCCCGCACCACCGGACAACUCCUCAAUGAAGCGCAAGCGAGACGAUACUGAGGAGAUCGAGUUGGGAGCAAACGAAGAGAAUUCAGCGAGUGAAAAGGCGAAGACGUGCUGA